AUGGCUGCUACCACCGCUGCCGGCUCGAUCCAGCGCGGCCGUCUCGCUGACUUUCUCGACAGCCAGAACGAGGCCUUUGUCGCCGACCUCAAGGCCGGCAAGGGUGCCGGAUGGCACCUUGUGACGGGAAACGAAGCUGGUGACCUCGACACUAUCUCGUCGUCUGUCGCCUUUGCCUUCCUCGCGUCCACCCUCAAUGGUACCCGUACGGUUCCCCUGGUCCUGACGCCGUUCAAGAACAUGGGUCUCCGUCCCGAGAACGAGCUUGCUCUCAAGAACGCAUACAUUCCCGCAGGCACCCUCCUCCACCCGGAGGGCCUCCCCGUGUCGACCGACAAGCUCGCGCCGGCCGGUGUCCGCUUUGACCUUGUCGACCACAACAGGCUCCUCCCGGUCUUUGGCAACUACCCCAACACUGUGGACGCCAUCAUUGACCACCACGAGGACGAGGGUGUCCACCCGCAGGCGACAUCGCGUCUCAUCAAGACGCCGACGGGCUCGUGCUCGUCGCUCGUGACCAAAUUCUUCAUGCCCCAGUGGAAGGCGUCGCUGUCGGGCGGUGCCGGUGCCGCCGGCUCGCCUGUGCCUCCCGAGCUCGCCACGCUGCUUCUCUCGUCCAUUCUCAUCGACACCCAGGGUCUCAAGAAGGGCGGCAAGGCCAUGGACGUCGACUAUGAGUCGGCGUCGUUCCUCUACCCGCUCUCGACCCUGGCCACCGCCGACCCCGGUAUCGUGACUCUCUCCGCCACUGGCGGCGACGACGUCCCUGCCCCGCUGAGCAACUACAGCGAGGAGCUCGUGGCUGUCAAGUAUGACGUGACGGGUAUGUCGACGGACGACCUGCUCCUCCGCGACUACAAGCAGUACGAGUGGACGACCAACUCGAGCGCCAUCCCCAAGCUCGACGUUGGCCUGUCCACGGUCCCCCUGAGCAUGGCCAAGCAGCUCAAGGCCGAGCCCGAGGGCUGGAAGAGCUACAUGGCCAACGUGGACAAGUUCAUGGCCGAGCGCGGCAUUGACAUUGAGGGCGUCCUCACGACCUUCAAGAGCGAGACAAAGCACAAGGGCAGGCGCGAAUUGCUGCUCGUCGUCCGCCCGGGACUCAACAUUAACAACAACGCCAACGCCUCGUCCAUCCUCCACAAGCUCGGGUCCGGCCUGCUCGCCCAGCACGACCUGUUCGCCCUCGAGGACUGGGGCACAGGAAAGGGCGUGGACACGCCAAAGGGCGAGCUCGCGGCCCAGGCGGGAGAGUACCUCGACUCGCUGUCGUCGGGCCGUGUCGCAAAGAUCUGGAACCAAGGAAACCACCAUGCCACCAGGAAACAGGUCGCGCCCGCCAUGCACGACAUUGUCAGUGGCAUGAACUAG